GAAUAAACUCAUCUUGUCCGUCCUCCUCUACGAACUGCCACUCUGCGCUCACGGACGCACCAAUUGAGCUUCCUCACCCCUCGCCCUCCCGACGACCAAAAUUACAAUAUAUACGCCCGCCAUGCUGCGCACAUCGGCCACCAACCUGCUGCGCAAGAGCCUUGUGCGCAGCACUCCCGCCCUGGCCUCGCGAGCUGCCUCGACUCACGCCAUCUCCAACCCAACCCUCGCCAACAUCGAGAAGCGAUGGGAGGGCAUGCCCCUCCAGGAGCAGGCCGAGCUCUGGAUGGCUCUGCGUGACCGCAUGCAGUCCAACUGGACCGAGUUGACCCUCCAGGAGAAGAAAGCUGCUUACUGGAUUGCUUUCGGCCCUCACGGUCCCCGUGCUGAGGACCCCCCUGGAACCAAUGCCCGCGUCGCCUGGGGUAUCUUCAUUGGUAUUGCUGCCAGUGUCGGUCUCUUUGGCCUGGUCCGCCUUGCCGCCAAGCCUGCUCCUUACACCAUGACCCAGGAGUACCAGGAGGAGACCAACGAGUUCCUCAAGAACCAAAAAUCCGAUCCCUUCACUGGUAUCACCUCUCCUGGUUACGCCGGCAAGGGUAUGGUCCAGUCUCCUCCCAAGGGCAACUAAAUUCAAUACACAACGUCGUUUCUUUUGUGCUAGAAGCUUGGGUGACUCUACGGAGACGUAUUGGUGUGUAAAACAGCCUCUGGUGUGCGCGGGCAUGACUAGGGGUUUCGAGGUCGCUCCAGAGAAAUUAAGUCCUCCUGGUGUAAAUACUGUACUAAAACAACGGAACCCGAGUCGCGUCAUCUGUUUGAUUGAAUUCGUCCGCAUGCCUGUCCUUGUGGGAGCACACGCAGAGAUGUGUUGCCUAACCAGCCUU